UGGAAUAAACGUCGCUCUGAUAAGGCAACCCAAUUUUUCAAUUGAACCAAAUAGGCGCUACGGUCCGCGUAUAGUUUAAACGUAUUAUUAUGGCGAAUUUGUCCAGUCAUAUAUUUUUAGUGCUCGUUUUAUUGUGACAGCGAUUGUUAUUUUCUGCAGCCAAUUGUGUGUUUAUUCUUAGUUCUUAAGAGGUAACAGAAUGGACGAAGAAAGCGACGUCAAGAGGUACUUUGAGGUGUUCGACUAUGUAGUUUUUGCGUUUAUGCUGGUAAUAUCCGCACUUAUUGGAGUUUAUUUUGCGUUUUUUGCCAAAGUUAAACAGGACACCACCUCUGAAUACUUGAUGGGUGGUAAAACCAUGGGUAUAUUUCCUAUAUCUAUGUCUCUUAUAGCCAGCUAUAUUUCAGGAAUAAGCGUAUUAGGUCUUCCGGCUGAAAUGUAUACGUACGGCACGCAGUUCUGGAUGACUUUAUCUUCGGAAAUUCUCGUAGCGUUACUUAUGGCUUACGCGGUCCUUCCAGUUUUCUACGAUCUUCAACUCACAUCUACUUACGAAUACUUAAACCUGAGGUUUAACAACACUGUGAGACUAUUGGGUACCACGUUGUUCUUAACGAAGAUGCUACUAUAUAUACCAAUUGUAAUUUAUGUGCCAGCACUCGCGUUUAGUCAAGUAACCGGAAUAAACUUGCACUUAGUGACCCCAGUGGUGUGCGUCGUAUGCAUCUUCUACACCACCCUGGGAGGACUAAAAGCGGUCGUGUGGACCGACACGAUCCAAACCCUGAUAAUGUUCACUGCCCUCGUGAUCACUGUGGUGAUCGGUACGAUAAAAGUGGGUGGAAUAAGUGAGGUGUGGCAAAGGAACAUUGAUGGCGAAAGAAUCGAGUUCUUUAAUAUGGAUAUAAAUCCAACGGUUCGCCACUCGUUCUGGACCGUAACUAUUGGUAACUUAUUUUACUGGUUGGCUUCCUGUUCCAUUAACCAGGCAAUGGUUCAAAGAUGCUUGGCCAUGCCCACACUACGAUCAGCCAGAAUAACAAUAUGGAUUCUAGUGGUGGGACUUUGGAUUUUAGUAUCGAUGUGUUGUUACAUGGGUCUUGUAAUCUACGCCUACUAUCACAAAUGCGAUCCGGUCACAAGAGGUUGGAUUCAUAAGUCCGAUCAGUUGCUCCCAUAUUUCAUUAUGGACACUGUGGGAAACAUUCCUGGUCUGCCUGGAAUGUUCGUCAGUGGGGUGUUCAGCGCAGCCCUAAGCUCCAUGUCCACAGGUUUAAACUCAAUGACGGGGGUAAUUUUUGAAGAUCUUAUAAAACCUCAUCUCAGAGAACCAUUGACCGAAUCCCAGGCCAGUCUAUUAAUGAAAAUCAUCGUGGUGAUCAUUGGGUUUGUCUGUGUCGCUUUAGUGUUUGUAGUAGAAAAAUUGGGAACCCUUAUUCAAGCUGCCGGGAGUAUCGGAGCCAUCACGGCGGGACCUUUGCUCGGGGUCUUUUGUUUGGGGAUGUUUUUUCCUGGAGCCACACCUGAAGGUGCUUUAACAGGAGGUCUACUUAGUGGGGCUUUAAUCACUUGGAUUUCGGUGGGGUCUCAGGCUCAAAUAGCUCAGGGCGUAAUAAGGUUUCCUCAGAAGCCAAUUUCGGUAGAAGGAUGCAGUGCUGAUUGGGUGGCGGAGUAUCUAAGGAUCACUUUAUCGGCCGAUCCACAUCAGAAACCACCUGAGCCGGCCUUUGCCCUUUACAGGCUCUCGUAUAUGUAUUAUACUCCUGUUGGUACUAUUGUUGCUAUUGUUGUUGGGCUGAUUAUAAGCUAUUUUACUGGAAACAAGGAUAAAAAGAUUAGUCCCAAAGUGUUCUCUCCAAUAAUACGACCUCUUUUAGUAACUGAAGAAGUGAGUAAAAACGAUGUGGUACAUCUUAAGAUAUUGAACGACAAGUCGAUCAUAAGAUGAUGGUCGGUUUGUGAAAGUUGAGAUCUCGUUGAUGCCUUAAGGAAGAGAUUAGAGAGCUAUUUGAUUGUUGAAACCUUAUUGUUUUAUUGUUUGUUGCUAAAUGGGUACAAAUAAAGAUUUUAUUAAAUA